CAUAUUGAAUUUUCAUAAAUUAAAGUUGUGACGCGUCGAGAUUUCGCUGUGUAGAAAAAUUAAUAUUUAUUGUGGAAAAAGUGCAAAUUUUCUUACAAAAAUAUUGAAAAAAUAUAGUUGAAUACACAUUUAAUACGAUAGUGAUAAAAGUAAGUAGCGGAAAAGUUGGAAAGUGCGCAAAUAUUGGAAGUGAAAAAUUGUCAGCGGAGCGCUAGUUGAAAGUUUCCAUGCAUAUACGUAUAUUUCACAAAAGUUGAAGAAGAAGCAAUAGGCAAUUAAAAAGUUAUAUGAGCAUAGAAAAGUAGCACAGAGGAAAGAAAGAAAGAAAUAAGUGUUGGAGAAGGGAAAGGAGAAGAAGCGAGAGAAGCAACUCGUGAAAAAAGCCAAACAAACGCACAAGGCAUACGUGCUGCUGCGUGGCGUGUUAGUUUUUAGAAAGCAAUCAAAUUGGAGGUGCGGUGUACAACAAAACUAACUUCCCUUUUAGAGCAAAACCUUAAUCAAAGAAAAUUUAAAAACUUAUAUAAAAUAGUUUUGUGGCACGGUAUUUGCCCUCUGUACUGUAAUGAGUGUCGCUGCAAUGACUAUGGACGAUCAAAGACCUUUGAUGAACAGUUACGAUAAAAUGUCUAAACAAUACGAACAAAAUUUGCAUGGUAAUACCGGACUAGGUGGUGGGGGUGGCGGCAAUGGUUUAGGUGCUGGCGGUGCACCACCAUCUGGGCCUGCCUCGCCAACGCCAUCCGGUAGCGAAGAGCCUUCGCAUCAAUAUCAUCAUUCACAUCAUCAUCAUUCUCAUCAUCAUCAUCAUCAUCAUUCGCGGCAUAUGCAUCAACAUGUGGAACAUCAGCCACCAUCGCCGCCGCCAACUCUGCAACAGCAACAACAUGUGCACCAUCAUAGCCAACACCAUCAGACUCAACAGCAGCAGCAACUUCAACAGCAGCAGCAACAGCCAAGCACUGUCGCUGAGGCCGUUGUUGCUGCCGAACAUCGUCAGCGGUUGCUCGAAGAUGAAAUUGAAAAUCUCAAGCUGGAACAGACGCGCUUAUCGCAGCAAUGCGUUGAUGCACAACGGCGCGAAAAAAUACUCAUGCGCCGUUUGGCCAAUAAGGAGCAAGAAUUUCAGGAUUAUGUGAGCCAAAUUGCCGAAUACAAAGCAGCACAAGCACCCACUGCUUUGGCACUGCGAGCGGCUUUGCUUGAUCCCGCUGUUAAUUUGCUUUUUGAGAAGCUCAAGAAAGAGCUAAAGGCUACCAAAGCAAAGUUGGAGGAAACCCAAAAUGAAUUGUCCGCCUGGAAAUUCACACCAGAUUCUAAUACUGGCAAACGUUUGAUCGCCAAAUGUCGUUUGUUAUAUCAAGAAAAUGAAGAACUGGGUAAAAUGACUUCCAACGGUCGCUUGGCCAAACUUGAGACUGAAUUGGCUAUGCAAAAAAGCUUUUGCGAAGAAGUAAAGAAGUCACAAUCAGAGGUCGACGAUUUUCUGCCCGAAUUAGACGAAGAUGUUGAAGGCAUGCAAAGUACAAUCUUAUUCCUGCAGCAAGAACUGAAGACCACCCGCGAUCGCAUACUAACUUUGGAGAAGGAAAAUUAUCAAUUGAAAACUGGCAGUUUGGACAAUGAGAAUACUAUUAAAGUAACAGAUGCAGAAGUCACUGAUGCCAAUACCCCUGCUCUGCACAGUAGCCAUAAUGGCGCUGUUGCUCCUUGCAACAUGACAGUAAAUGUUGCCGAAACCUGUGCCAUACCCUACAACACUAACGCCGCAACUAUUAACAACGUCAACACCACUGUUCUUCCGCCAACGCACAAUACGCUCAACAAUGCCAACGAAUUAAAAUAUGCUGCAACUCGACCUUUGGAGACCAUCGAUGAAAAUUCUUGUCUACGCAACUAUGGCACACCAAAAGACUUCUACAAUGGCAAUGAGGAGCAACCACAUGUGCCAAUCGCGGUGGCUAAACAAAUGCCGGAAGCUGAUGGAAACAAUACUUUGAAUCCCUUCAUUACCGCCUCACCUGUUGUGGCAGGUGGCGCCAUGCUACGCACAGUCGCCUCGCGUAAACGUAAUUAUGAUUGCAGUGAACUGAAUGAUAGUCCGGCCGUUAUCACGCCUGCUACGCCGACGCAUGUAACCGCGCCACGCACGUUGCCACCAAAAAAGUCCAAAUUACGCCGCACUUCGGUGCAAUCGAAUGAAAUCAAUGACUAUGACGCCGGCAAUUGUGUUGGCAGUAAUAAUGCGCAACAACAACAAAUGUUGGGUGGCAUUAAUACCGGCAUUGCCGCAGUGGAUCCUCUAAGUAUUGUCGACAAUGCGGUGGUUGGUAUGGCAAAUGAGGAGCACACCAGUGGUCUGGCGAUCGAUGAGUCAGCCAUGGAUGCGGGUGGCAAUAAUGGCGGUGUUGCGCUGCGUAUUAUGACGCGAAGACGCUCCGUCCGCCAACAGCAAAAUGGCAAUAUCGGAGGCGAUAGUAAUCAUUAGGGCGGGUGUGUUGCAUGAAAACUGCAAAGUGCUGAUGCGCGAAACUGAGCUAGUUUUAUUUACGUACAUAUAUUAUCGUGAAGGUAUAAAUGCAUAUAUUUUUAUUGCGACUUGAAUGUUAAAGUGAAAAAAACGAUACUAUAGUGUUUUAAAAUAAACAAAAGGAAUAUGCAGAAUAUAAUGAUGCUAAGGGAAAUUAAACAAUAACUGUGUAAUAAACAAAAAACAAAUUAAAAACAAUUAAGAAAUUAAGUAACCGGCAACAAAUAUAGUAAAAAUUACUUGCAAAUUUUAGUUAAAGAAAUAUUGCGGGUAAUAUAUUCAAAAAACAAAAACAAAAAAAAAAAAAACAAUUUUACGCUCUAAUGAACUCGUUUGUGUUGCUGAAUAAUGUCCGCAUUUUCAAUAUGGUUUUUACAUAUUCAAUUAGAAGAAUUUUUGCAAAAUAUUAUUUUAUAUUAAAAAUUUACUUAAGUUUAUGCAUUGUUUUGUUUACUUAGCUGUAAUAAAAAUAAAAAAAAAACGAAAAAUUAUUGAAAUUAACCGUUGAAGUCAUGUUAUGCUUUUGCUCUACACUAUUUUGUUUCAAUUUGUUAUUAAAAGCAACAACAACAAAUAACUACAAACAUUUUGAUGUGUUUCAAAAUGUUGAGAUUUCUGUAGUGAGAUUAAAGCCUUGAUGUGGCAUUAGUUACAUUGAAUGUUUAAUAAAAACACAAAAAAAAAAUAAAAACAAAAAACACGAAAUAAUACAAACAUACAAAUAAUCUGUAUAAAUUAAGUUAAUAAAUAAUCAGGUUUAACACAAAAAUAA